UAUAUCCUAAAUAAAUAUAUUUAUAUGUACGCGUGGUGCAUGCAAUAAUUUCUCAGCGAAUAGAAGGCGUUGAUGGUGGGGAGUUAAAAAGCUAAACCUCCGCUCCUUUAAUUCCCACCACCUUCGUUCGCCAAAAAUUAUACAUGAGCCAAAUUUUGCCCCUGUUUUUCUCCAUUUCAAACUAAAACCUCGUCCCACCAUUCAAAAACCCUAAUCUCGUGCUCCAAAUUAAUACUAGUACUAGUAUUCCACAACCACCCCCAAAAUUUGAAUACACGGCUCUUUCUACGGGAAAAGGGGGAGAGCUCAAGCGCACCUCAAUCGCCGUUCAUGGAGCCCUCUCACGGCCAUAGCCCCCUCCCCCUCAACGAGAACGACUCCCAGGACAUGGUCCUCUUCGAGGUCCUCCGCGAGGCCUCCGCCAUGGCCUCCUCCGCCGCCGCGGCGGCGGCGGCGGCGGGGCCGUCCACGGCGGGGGCGGGGGCGGGGGGUGCGAGAGGGGGCGGCGCGGGGAGGAGGCACUACCGGGGGGUGCGGCGGCGGCCGUGGGGGAAGUACGCGGCGGAGAUCCGGGACUCGGAGCGGCACGGGGCGCGGGUGUGGCUGGGGACGUUCGACACCGCGGAGGAGGCCGCGGCGGCGUACGACCGCGCCGCGUUCCGGAUGCGCGGGGCGAGGGCGCUCCUCAANUGGGGGUGGGGCUGGUGGAGCUCCCGGAUUUGGGGGCGGAGUAUUUAA